AUGUGCUCGCCCAUGUACUCGUAUGUCACGGAAUAUGACGGUUACUACUAUACCGACCCAGUUUCCUCUACCGCUUCCACAUCCACAAAUGUCAAACCCAAUCCCAUAGCUGCUCUUACGGCUAUCGAAAGAAACCUUCUUGAAAACCCCCCUUAUCAUCUUUCUCUUUCUCAUGAGCAACUACUGGGUUUUAAAAACAAGUCUCGCUUAUCAAAGCCACCACCACGGCCCCAAAACGCAUGGGUCCUAUACCGCAAGAACUUUGAAGAAUUCCUGCGUUUACAGGAUCCUGACGUCGUAUAUCGUUUAGAGGACGUCUCUAAAGAAGCUGGCUCUCAAUGGAGACAAGAGCCGACUAAAGUCAAAGAGUAUUUUCACGCCCUCUCAAAAAAAGCCCAAGAAAAACAUAGAUUGGUCUAUCCGGAUUAUGUGUACAAUCCAAAACGAAGGAAAACAAAAAGUAAAGCGUACAUGUUCAAGAUAACUAAGAAGGAAGAUUACGUGAAGCGUAAAAAAACGAGAACAGCUGCGGGCAAGAAAACGAAUAGCAAAAGUGCUAGGUGGACGCAAGCCUCGGGGCUGAACGAGAAUACUGUUGGCGCUGUACAUGUUGAGAAUAACCAACUUGACGUUAUGCCUGUUGAAAAUAACCAACCCGACGUUGUAUCUGCUGAGAAUAACCACCAACUCGACAAUAAUAUCAUUGAUAACGGUUAUGUAAACAUAAACGAUUCAUCGUUUUUUUCUUAUUCGCUUGGUCCGGGAUACUUUCCCUAUUACAUCAUCAUACCCCUCAAUGACGUUGCUCUGAUUGAUACGAACGAACAAUCGGUCACAGAUUGGAGUGAUGAUAAUAGCAGCAUUAACAAUUAUUAA